AUGGACGAACGACCCAUUGAUGUUGUGGUCCGCUUCUCGACGUCGAACCCGGACAUUAUCCUCAACAUUCCGAAGCCUGGCGCGAUCUCGAACCUCGCAGUGAAACAGCGAAUCCGCGCAGAACUCGAGCCUCCCGCGUCGACCUCCCGCCUGCGGCUGAUCCAUGCCGGUAAAGUACUGCAGGACGGUGCAGCGCUGUCAGGGAGCGUCAACGUCACGCCCGCGCCACCGUCACGCGGCGAGGAGAGGAAGAGCGCGAAAGCCAAAGGCAAGGAACCUUUGCGAGACAUCAAGCCUACAGCUUCAAGAGUCUAUAUACACUGUUCGAUUGGCGAUGCGUUGUCAGCACUGGAGCUCGCGACAGAGGCCCGCAACGCUGAAGCAGCAGAUGUUGCACUGGGAACAAAGGCUCUCCCGACGGACACGCCUGCAGAUGUGGAAGCGUCCCAAUGCAAUGCAUCAACCACGACUCCUGCCCCUCGAGGAUUUGAUCGUCUGCUCAGCGCUGGAUUCUCUACAAGCGAGGUUGCUGCGCUACGUACCCAGUUCCUGGCUAUCCAAUCGCAUACCCACACGCCAGAUACCAUGCCGACUGGACCGGAUUUGCUUGCGCUAGAGGAGCGCUGGCUCGACAACACUUCAAACCCAUCAGCUGGAGGCGGGGAUGGUGAUACUGGCGGCUUCGGGUCUGAAGAUGCGGGAGGUCUCGAGGAUAUGCUGUACGGCAAUCUUAUUGGUUUCUUUUGGCCGAUCGGCGCUAUGUGUUGGCUGAUGAGAGAGGAGGGGGUCUGGACGCGUCGACGACAAGUUGCUGUCCUCUCGGGAUUCUUGGUUAACAUCACGUUCGGCUUCCUUCGUGUUAUGAAUUAG